GAAUCGCUCUGAAAUUGGGGAAAAAUCAAAAAAGGGAAAAAAUGUUAGGGUUCAUAACCUUCACACGCACCCAUCCAAUUUCGUCAAUUCUGAUCACGAGCUCGAUUCCGAAACAACAAUCCAGAUUUCCAUCCACCCAAAUCCACAAUAUACCAUAUUUAAAAUCGAGGAGAAGAAACCCUAGAGGAUUCAAAGCAUCCUUUUCAGAAGAUAAAGAAAAACUAAGCGAAAAAACAACCGGCGAUGGCGGUGGUGGUGGGAAUGAAGAAGAGGAUCUGAGGAAAAAUGGAGGUGAACGACCGCGAUUCAAUUUGAGGUGGAGCGAGUUGCUAUUUGAUCCGGAUCCGGAUAAUGUGGUGGCAGUCGGGUUAACUGGAGUUCUGGCAUGGGCGAGUGUACAAGUAUUAUGGCAGCUGUUUGUGAUAUCGUUUGCAAUACUGAUUGCUGCUGUCAAGUACUCUUUCAUUGCUGCUCUUCUUAUCUUCAUUCUUAUUACUCUUCUUUGAUUCUGAUUCUCCCUCCCUCUCUUUGUAAAAUCUACACAUUUUUUGAUCAUGCAUAGUUUGAUGAAUUAUGGUAUACGAAGUUUUUGAGC